UAUUCAAAUUUUGCAUAUGACUUUAAAAGUAUCAUCAACUUUUUGUCAUUAAGGAAUUUAUUUCACUUUAAUUAUAGAUCCUUUCUCUUUUGUUGGAAAUCGUAAUUAUUAAUUCAUACCAUGAAUACCCAUUCUAUAGACGAAUUCGUGUUCAAUACAUCAGUACGGGAAACCACUACUGAGAAAGUCUCUGUUCCCCACAAAGAACUCUCCAAGGAUAGCGAUGAUGACGAUGAAAAAAGAACGCCUCUAAAUAUCACUACUAAGAAAUACUAUGAAAGCAAUGCUGGAGAUGGAACUAUCGCUACUGAUCAUCAUUUACAAGGUACUCAACUAUGGUUAACUCUAGCCUCAUGUUUCAUAACUUUAUUUGUUUCAGCCUUAGAUCAAACUAUCGUGGUAACUAUUUUCAGUACAGUUGGUAAUGAAUUCAACGCAUUUGAUAGAAUUGAUUGGUUAACUUCAGGUUAUUUAUUACCCAUGUGUGUAUUAAGUCCAACCUAUGGGAAAAUCUCCAUUGCAUUUGGAAGGAAAUCAACUCUUAUAGCUGGUAUUUCCGUGUUUGAAAUUGGUUCAAUUAUAUCAGCUCUUGCUACUAGUAUGGAUAUGUUAAUUGCCGGAAGAGUGGUACAAGGAUUAGGAGCUGGUUGUAUAGCUACACUUAUUUCAAUUAUUGUUACUGAAUCAGUUCCCAUUUCAUACCGAAGUUAUUCAUUAAGUAUGUUGGCUAUUGCUUAUGCCUUCGCCAGUGUGGCAGGUCCAUUCAUUGGUGGAGCAUUUACAACUCAUGUAACUUGGAGAUGGAAUUUUUAUUUAAAUUUACCUACUGGAGGCAUAUCACUUUUGAUUUUAAUUUUCAGUUAUCAUCCACCAAAAAUAAGAGGAAGAUUCAUUGAUAAUGUGAAAAAGAUUGACUAUUUGGGAAAUAUACUCUUAAUAUUAGGAUUGGUUCUUUUCCUUUUGGGGUUAACGUUUGGAGGAUCACUGUUUGCGUGGUUUUCAGCUCCCGUUUUGAUAUGUCUUAUCUUUGGAGUGUUCUUUAUCGUGGCAUUUGCAUUUGAAAACUUUUUUGUUUCAAAAUCUCCUAUAUUUUAUAAAGAAUUCUUUCAAAUUCCUCAAAUUUUAUUUUCUGGUUUAAGUGGAUUUUUCAAUUAUGCAUUCUUUCUUGGAAAUAUUACGUAUUUAACCGUAUAUUUCCAAAUCAUACUUAAUCAUUCUGCAUUUCAAUCAGGUAUUGAUUUGUUACCUUUGAUUAUUAGUGUAACUAUUGCAGCUUUUAUAAAUGGAGUCUUAAUCAAAAAGACAAGAUUUGUUAAGCCUUACUAUAUAUUGUCUGGAGUGUUUGGAGCCAUCGGAGGAGGAUUGUUAUUAAUGUUGGGACGUGAAACUCCUUUCCACAAACGUAUGGGAUACUUGAUUGCCAUGGGUUGCUCUGUUGGACUUCAAAUUCAAAGUACAAUUAUCUCAUGUCAAUUGAAAGCACCCAAUGAUUUAACUGGCUCAUUGAUCUUAGUGACUACUUGGGCUAAUUUCUCCCGGUUCUUAGGAGGUACGAUGGGAAUUAUUCUUGCAACUGUCAUAUUCCAAGCUUCUAGUACAUCAUCAAUUACGAAAAUCAUUGAAGCAUUACCUUAUGAGACUAAAAAGCAAUUUGCAAAUAUAUCAGCUCAAGCAUUUUUAAGUUCACCUAAAGAGAUUCAAAAAUUACCCGUAGAUGUACAACAACAAAUCUUCGAUAAAUUAAUGGAAGCCAUUCACAAUACGUUUAUAUUUGGAUUAGCUAGUGCUUCAACUGGUCUUGUUUGUUCAAUCUUUGCUACCAAUAAGAGAAUCCCAAAAGAUGAAGAUAUCCUUCAUAAGGGAGAUGAAACUGAAGCUUUAGUACCAUCUUCAGAAGCAUAGUUUCUCUCUUUAUUUAUGACAAUUUUAACGAUAUUAUUUCUAUGUAUUUAUCACUGUAGAAUUUGCAACUCUUCAUUUCCCUUCUUUGAGUUUAUAUAUUCCCGCACGUGACCAUUUUAUUUCC